AUGACCGGGCAGGCGGGACCAAAGGGCAAAGGAGCGUGCUUCGACGUAAAAACAACGUCGUCGGUGGAGGAGGGGAAGAACAAGGAUCAAUUGGAUGGCCAGGGUUUUCUUUUAAUAUUGUAAUUUGUCGUGUAUUUACAGGUUUUACAGGCACCGUCGAAGCACAGAGGCGCUGACAAGGACACAAUGGAUCAAGGCCAGGAAGGUAAUUUUUUGGGUAAAAUUUAAAAAUAAAUAACAAAAAGGGGGAUGGGGGUUUAUUUGCAGAAAACAGCACCGACCGAGCGAUGGACCAACGGAACAACCGGACAAUUGGAUCAAUUGGAAAACAAUGGAAAGAAGGUAAAUUUUAAUUUGAAAUUGUUUUGGGAUUAGCCCCGCCCCGCCCCCCCCCCUCCCCACCAAAAAAACUGGGAUACUUGGAUGCAUUGAUACCUGCAUGCAUGCAAGUAUACCAUGAUUUAUAGGUAUAUGCAUGUAACAAUGCAUAUAUUGUGAAUAGUAAUAUCUGCAUGAACUGCAGCCCAGCCCAGCCCAGCCCAGCCCAGCCCAGCCCAGCCCAGCCCAGCCCAGCCCAGCCCAGCCCAGCCCAGCCCAGCCCAGCCCAGCCCAGCCCAGCCCAGCCCAGCCCAGCCCAGCCCAGCCCAGCCCAGCCCAGCCCAGCCCAGCCCAGCCCAGCCCAGCCCAGCCCAGCCCAGCCCAGCCCAGCCCAGCCCAGCCCAGCCCAGCCCAGCCCAGCCCAGCCCAGCCCAGCCCAGCCCAGCCCAGCCCAGCCCAGCCCAGCCCAGCCCAGCCCAGCCCAGCCCAGCCCAGCCCUAUUCAAUAUUCAAUUUUUAUUACGCGCUUAUUUUACUAACGCAAUAA